GUUCGACUUUUCAUAUAGGACAUUUUUUAAGUCUUCGCUCCACGCCUAAAAAUGGGCCGGCUUGCUUAGGUCCUCUACAUGCAUCUAGUUUGAAAAAACCAGUAGCUAUUUCAUCCAUUUGGAUGGUAGCCAGUAUUUUCGGAUCUCUUCAGUCUAGUUUCUCAAUUUUGAUCGGCUAAAAGGAGCCAGCUAUUUUUUUUAGUCCGAUAAUUCACCAUAGUAGACCCUCGUCCACGUACGUAGGUCGGAAAAUAUGCCAAUAAUGCACGACGCGAUAAUUAUAAUAUUGCGCGUCCGAGCCAUUUCUGUUAAAUAGCCGGGGCCACUGAGGAAUAGCCUCCCAUACAGGUGUCUCUAGGGCAGUCUAGGAUGGGUUUUGCUCGUUUUAAUUAGAUUCGGGACUGCGAAAUUCGAUUGUAGAAACGGGACAUAGAUUCCCCUAAAAACGUCUGUGUAUUUUUCGUUGGGGGCGCCAACGGUUGACAUCUGUCAAUCAGUAGGAUUUUAAUUGAAAUUUUCAUUUAUUUUCAAAGGUACCUUUUUCGCGCUUUUGAUGAGAUUGCUUGUAACCGCAAAAAAGGUGCCUUUUUCGCUCUUUUGAAGAGAUCGCUUCAAACUGAAAAAAAGGUACCUUUUUCGCGCUUUAAAGUUUUGUUUGAUAAAGUGAGUUCGCGGCAGAUGUCCUCCUUCGAUGACAUCACAACAACAUUCGUACCCAGCUCCCACGAACCUCGGUAAUGGGACACAAGAGACCUAACUUUAAACAGCCAUGGAAACGCGAGGAUUUUGUCAAUCACGAUAAUUUUUUCGCAAAAGUAAUCAGAAAAAUAAGGAAAUUUCAUUUAGCGAAAAACAUUUUGGGGGGUUAGUUGCACUUUAAAAAGGAAAGGGGAAGGUGGAAUUUGGGCGUGAGAGAGCGUGUACGAAGGCUAGUUUCAUUUUAACGUGAACAGCAGCAACUAACAAUGCAUUUAAAAUAUGCAAAAAUGCUAGCUAUUGUUCUGCACGAAAAUAUGAAACUUGGAGACAAUACCCCUGAAUAAUGAGAGGCUCUCACUUGUAAACACAAAAUUUCUGACAAAAUAUUAGCGAAUUGUAGCCCUUAUUUUACUGCCUUACAAGAUAUCAAUAAUCUUGAAAAUAAAAGGUCAUAUAAAAGGAAGGUUAAUCUCAAAAGCGGUUUAAAAAUUAUUCGCUAAUUUGUUAAAGAAGACCAAAAUGUUUACAAACCGCUAAAAAGAGCGCUUCGAUACAUACUUAUCAAAUCCUUCUUUCUAGCAAUCGGCUGGAGUUAUCUCCAUGAUCUUUCAGACACGGUUUUAAAAAGGUUGAAACUACUGUGAGGUGAAAUUGCAUGUCAAAGCGCUUCGUUUUCUACAGAUAACAGCUGAAUAUCACCCGGCAUAGUAAAUCGAACGUUCAAAAAUCGAACUCAAUCCGUGGAUUGAGUUCGAUUGAGUUCGGCAAUCGAACGAAAUCGAACACCAGACUUUCAGUGAGUUCGAUUUCCGAACAAAUCAAACUGGAGACCGAACGGAAACCGAACUCAAUCGAACACAAUUUAAUGGAUUGAGUUCGAUUGGCUCUGGUAAACCUAUACAAAGCAAGCCCAAAGCAAAGCAGAAUGCACAGCCUUUCUCGCCUAUUUUCUUUAAAACCUUGAAAACUUCGCCAUCCUCUGACUAUGCCGGAAUAUCAAGAUUGUCCAUUUUCUGCCGUAUUUCUGACCAUAAAAACUUUAUCCCAAAAUGUCUCGAUAACGCUCUUACACAUUUCGCUUAAACCUCACGUACAUCGAGGCGGCUGUUGGAGGAAAAAGCUACCGUGAACGAGUUUGGAAGAAAAGUUCCCAGUGCCAAGCAAUACUGCUGCAAGUACUAAAAGUUAUAGCGUCUUUUCGUUGCUAUGGCAACUCCGAUGUUAUUGCAACCCUGAUCAUAACAAAUUUUCAUCUUUAUCUAAUACAACUGUGGUCGCAAUUUUUCCAAAUCUUUGUUUAUGGCGACGUAGUUUUUGCUCAAACUUGGGAGAUACUGAUCCUGAAAAACUGUAUCGAGCCACCUUAACUGCGCACGCACAUGUCAUUGUAUCAUCUCCCGAUACAUCAAUAACAACUUGUGCCUACAUACUGUACAAAACACUUUCCAUAAAGUAUACUAUAUCCCCUAUAUAUCUGCACCUAUAGCCCUUCAAUUAAUUCGGUCACUUACCUCGACGUACUGCAUUGUAGCUGGAGGUUCAGGUAAAUAUUCAUUUUGAGUCAAUAAAGUUGAAGGAAGUGCUUAAAUAUGAACUUUCAAUUUAUUUUCAGAUGACUCAAUAGGCUUUGGUCAAUUACUCCGCCUGAUCUUGUAUACAGUGGUCUCUCUAAUACGCAACCUAUACUAAGAUUUUAUUAAAAUUGAUUUGCCGACAUUUUUUUGAUUUUUUUUAGGGGCUUGAAGGAGGUGUUUCGAUGGGUUGCGCCUGAACCUCGGUGCGCUUUGGUUAUUAAGAAUCUGUAACACUUGCUGGUGAUAGUAAUUUUUUACACCAAUUUGUUUCAUAUUUCUAGGUUUGAUGGUACAAAGCUGUGGUUUGCGCAAACCGAGUAACGUUUUAAUUGGCAUAGCCGUGGAUGGGCCGGAGAUAUCGAGGAGGAGUGAGGCACUUUUAAGAUUAGAAACGGUGCGAGAAAUUGACCUUUCGUAUCAAAAUAUCUUUAGUGAACAGACUUUAAAUAUGAGAUCAUUCAAUCUUAGAGCCUUCUUUUGGCUUUGCAAGUUGGAUUUAAGCCACAAUCAACUGCACGAACUCCCUUUCGCAAUUGGUUCUCUACCUUUCCUGACCCACUUGUUCCUUCAUGACAAUUACUUGUCAUCACUACAGCCUGGAAUUUUUAAACAACUGGUAAACCUGCAAGAGCUGGACUUGAGGAAUAACAAAUUAAACAACUUUUCUUUGGAUAUCACUGAGCUGAGGUGUCUUCGAAUUCUAAGUGUUCAAGGAAAUCCUCUAAAAGAUCAUGAAACAAGAAAACUGAUGAAGCUCGCCCAUAAUGAGAGAUGGAUAGAUAUUGCAGGUGAAUGUAAAAUCCAUAGUAGAACUUUGGUAAAGUUGUGGACUACUAUACAGUAAAACGUCUUCACAACUGCCCUCUUGGGUUAUUGGGCGGUCAUCCGUGAUGUAAUAUAACACCAGGUUUACAUUUGGAAAGGAUACAAUAGUUUUAGCUUCAAAAACUCAUGAGUCAGCUCAAUUCAGCGAUGCUUGGUGGUUAGGGCAUUAUUAAUACGUAACACAAUCAAUACAUAUGCAUUAUUGACCAAGUUCGAGAUGACCGGAUAAGCCAAGUUCCUUUUUGCGUCAUUAUGGACCGAGAUAAAGUCCAGGUCGAUAUGAAUGCAAGACAGAUCUAUGCCAAAGCUUUGAGCCAUCUUGGCCGAACAAGCUUUGUCAAGCUUGGCCGGGAAAGGAAAUACGUAGCCAUUGCUGAAAGUUAGUUGUUUUUAGAAGUUUGACUGGAAGGGGUUAAUGCAGUCAUGCUUACUGUAUUAGAAGAUGACUUUUCUUUGUUCAAAGAGCUUUUUGCCCCGGGGAGUACUUUAGGACCUUUUGGGUUGGGAUGUGCUACUAGGACCCUGGAACCCUUAGCCUCUACCAGAGCUAGUUAAGUGAAUUUUGCUACCAUAUACUAGACUGAACGCCCCAAAUCUCCCUAUCCUAGAGAAGCUGUUUUCCAAAUACUACUGAGGGCACUAGCACAGUCCAGCCAAAACAAAACCGAUUUGAUUUUUUUAUAUUCUUGAGUGGCAAUUCCCGGUACAGUUUCCUUAGUCUAGACUAAAAUCUUCAACCAAUUGAUCAGUUUCCUGGAAAAUGAUACCCUAUUCUACAAUGUAGACCCAAAUUCUCUGAUUUAAAUACCCUAUCCUAGAGUAAACUGUUUGAAAGCCAUACCCUUCACAGAGGCACACAUCUAUAUAGCCCAUAUAUUGCAGAACACCCCCGGGCUUUUUCCCCGAGAAGAACUGAAUCAAGACUACUUAUUCACCAUAACUACAACGUUCAGCCUGUUGCGAUUAUUUUGCGUUUUUGUCUGGUUUAUAUGUCUAGUGAAAAGGUUAUAGGCGUUUGUCUGUACUAUCGAAUAUAAUGGUCUCUCCGAUUAAUGCCGUUUGUAUUUGUUGUUUAUACUUAGGGUCUGUUUACAUGGAGAUGUGAGGUAACAUGUGACGGGUCACCCCACAUAUCAUGUAAAACAUGAUCUAAUUAAAAUAAGUGAUUAUAUGGACAGGCGGGUUACCUUGGAUCCCCCACCUCCAUUUUAACAGGCCCUUAGACUAGUAAUAACCAAAGGUUACGGAGUAUGGGCGACAACGAUCGAAGGUCAAAACGUUUCCGCUCAAAUGCUGUGCUUUGCGUAACUUUGACGUGAUAGAUGAUCAAAACACGCGUGAUAAAAUUACAAGUGCCAAGGUCCGAACGCGCGUGAUCACAGAUUGCCUUCGAUGAAUUCCAUUCACUCUUAGUUGAAGUCCACACGAAGCUGGCCACACACGCGCGGAGCAUGCGUAAUAGCCACCUGGAGAUUACGAUUGCGGGGCCCUCCUGUCGCACGCAAUUAACAGAUUUAAAAAACUCCUCCCAAAUCAAGAAUAAACAAAUGAUUAGCUUCUCCGCCACGACUUCGAAGAAAAUAUUUGCUUGGCGCGGCUGACACAUAGCUUUCCCACAUGCAGUUUCAGUGUGCCCGAUCUGGUCAGUUUUGUUCCUUGGUAUGUGGCAAGUGCGCUUGAGUUGGGAGGUAUGAAAUGAUAAUUGGGUUAAUAGUUAAGUAGCAUCACGAUGUUUAAAGUCUGUUUUUUGCUAAGUUCAUUUCUGCAAUAUAAUGACCUCUAAUCUCGUAAAUCGUGAGUUAGGAAUGCCAAUUUUUCUUUUAAAACUUUGAUAUUUGACACUGUUACUUGUAUUAAAACUGCAAGAUAAUAUUUGCAUCGCAUUUUAUAUUGUAGCUGGAGUUCCAAAAGAAAUUCUCUUCAAAGGACAACGUACAAUGCGGAUGUAUCAAAAGGCCCUAAGAGAUGGCUUUGUAAAUGUUUACAGGGGUCGCAUUUUUCUGAUCGGUCAGGAUCGUGCUGGAAAAACUAGCCUAAAAAAGUCACUGUUGGGUGUGCCAUUUGACCCACAAGAAGAAAGCACUGAAGGAAUUGACCCUUCAAAGUGUGAUAUUGAUGUUAAUCGAGUUCAAAACUGGCAUUUCGACAGCAAAAAUACGAUUUUGUCUGAAGUUUCUGAGCAAAUUUCAAGGUCGUUGGCCUUGGAAUUCUUUCCUUCUGAAGCCUCUGAGCAAAUUUCAAGGUCGUUAGCAGUGGAACACUUUCCUUCAAGUCCUCGAAUAGCACGUGAUGGUUCAGCUUUGAGGUUGAAUGGAGCAUCAUCUAGACAAGGAUCCAGAGAAAAAGAAAUGAUAGCGUCAAAUGUCUUCUACGUGAAACUUGGAAAGGUUAGUAUUCUUUCAAAACCUAAUCCUGUCUGAAAAUCAUGUUAAAGACUGAACUGCAUUUAAUGUAUGUACUGUGAUGUCGCGGAUGAGGGACUUCAUGUAUGUCAAUUGUUUAAUAAAGAUUGUGUAUAAGAGCUUGAUUUAAACUAUCUGUGAAAAUAGAAAAAAAAUACAUUGUAGCUAUCGCUAAGUGCCAAUGACGGGAAAAGAAUCGGAUGAACAACUCUGCUCUGACUGUUGAAUCCGCACAAUUACAAUCUUGCCAAGACAUGAUAAAAUUGCGAACCAAAUGUCGCGUUCUGAUUGGUUCUUCUGUGAGCUCUUUGUUACCUUAACUUACCUUACACAUCAGUCGAGGUUUUUUCCCCCUGAACAGUUCCUCGCGCAUCGCUUUUAAAAUUUAUAUUAUUUGUGCCCGAUGCAUUUAAAAAAAAAAAAAAAAACAUCGUAGCCUGGGACCAGGCGCCGCCCUUUCCCUAUCCCCAGGCCUCCGCUGGGCUUGCUUCGCUCGCUGAUAUUUUUCCCAUUUGACCCCGUUUUUUCCCUUUUCCCCCCACUGUGGAGCCUGGUCCCAGGCUAAAAAAACCGAAGCACCAAAGUAUCAGGUACAACAAAUAUAGAUAUUUUUUAAAUUUUGUUUCGGAUCCCUGUGAUGAUCAGUUUGCUGUUAUUUCUUCAAUUCCUUCAAGAGUUUCCCGGCAAAAUAGGACAAUUGCACGAUGACGUCAUUUUACUACAACUACCAGAAUCCUUGAGUUUGUUGUUUUCUUGUGCAAAUUAAGGCUAUUGUUCCUUAAUCCUCAGCAGGAUUGACAAAUUUAAAUAACAAAGCAAAACCGAAUUGAAUUCUGGUAGUUGUAGUCAAAUGUCGUCAUCGUGCAAUUGUCCUGUUGUAAGCAUGUCUCGUUUAAACAAACAAAUUAUUCGUAGGUUAACGAAACCGAAUAUUGUUCCCAGGAAGCAAAAGCACACAGUUCAACAAGACAGGUUAAAAGUGGGGGUUCCCUAGUGACUGGUGAUGAUGAUGAUGAUCAAACUACAGUUACAGUUCCUGCUGAGGUUACCAAAUAUACUACGGAGUAUUUAAAGCAGUUAUUUCUACAAGGUCAACAAGCUGCCCAUGAUAACAACAGAGAGGAUCCCAUUGUAACCUUAGAGUUAUGGGAUUUUGCAGGACAGCACCUUUACUAUGCUUCCCAUCCUGUCUUUUUCUCACCACGAGGAGUGUAUGUUCUUGUUCACAACCUGAGCAAGCCACUUGAUGCCCUGGCUGAACCCUGUGUUAGACAGGGAGUUCAUGAUAUAUUUUUAGAAAACCCUAAUGGUGAAACAAACAUGGAGAAUUUACUGUCAUGGCUUGUUACGGUUCAUGGUAGCAGACCAAUAGGCGGAGAAUGUGUUGGCAACACCGAAAGAGAAGACCUGGCUUACCUUCGGCCUCCAGUUAUCAUUGUUGGUACACAUGCGGACAAGCCAUUUAAGCGGGACAUUAACGAAAUUACGUCACAGAUUCAGCGGGAAAUUUCUGGUAAGGAGUAUGAGAAGCAUGUUAUCAGGCCAUUCUUCAAUGUUGACAACACGAAGGGUGACAAAUCUAUGGUCAGACGAAUGAGGAAGUUUCUUGGGAAGCGCCUUAAAAGAGGCCCACAGGCAGGUAUAGUCCUCGAAUGUACAGGUAGAUUAACAAUGCGUCAGUGAACUAAGGGGUCAAACAGAAUUUAAAUUAAGCUUUUUCAUUGGUAAAUGUGAAAAUUAAAGAGAUGACUAAAUGUGACUACUGUAAAAAGCCAUUCAGUUUACGCCUUUCGCAAAGUUACUAGAUCCUGGGAUGAAACUUUUCAGGUCUGAGGGCCUCCUGGUGAGAGGGGGGGGGGGUCGUGUUCCCUUGUUCCCUAAACUGAUUUGAAGUUUCUUCCUUGUUCCCCGAAGAUUAUUUGAUAUGUUCUCCGGAAUCGAAUUGUGCGUAGUUUACUUGUUUUCGGUUGUGUCUAACCAAUAGCAUGAAGAAUACCUUAGUACUGCCGCAACCAAGUAACGACAUCUCAACUUACUGCGAGAAAACAGAGAAACAGUGGAAAUGUCGUCCGAUAAGGUUCUGAUAAUAUAGCUGUACAGAUGAAAUAUUCUUCCAAGCUAGAAAAAUCAAUGUUUCCCUGUUCCCUGGAAAACUAAAUUAUAAAAAGGUAUACCUUUUCCGCUGAAAGUAAAUGGUCAUAUUUCCUUCUUCACCCAAACCUCUGGGAGGCCGUAGCGUGUUAUAGUUCUACUAGGUAAUAAAGUAAUGGACUGUUAAAUGCCCUCUUGAUCAGCAUUAAGCAGACCCUGCCAAUCUAGACGACCCAUCUCAGCUGCUCUUAAAUACCUUAUAUUUUGAUAUCACACUGACAUUUAUCAAAUCAGCAAAUACUUUGUAGAAACACGCCAACAGAUCGCAAACCACCAACCAAAAUAACAGAAACAAACAAACAUUACAUGAAAAAUUCCCCCAUCGUGUAAGCUUCUAUAAUCCUACAGUAUUAGUUGAACAAUUGGCAGUUAGACUAUCGCUAGUAUUUUUUUUUUUUUCAGAUCCCAUGAAAACGAAAAAUGGCGGCAAUAUAUAAUCUCAUAGUGGCUUGUAACUGAUUAUUAAAAAGCUAUUUAGGAAAAAGAAAAUCGUAACAUUCUUUUGUAAUUUAAUGUGCACCAAUACACACAGUGACUGGGCUUAAUGUGUUUUUUUUCAAGGGCAAGAAGAUGACAGUGUCAGUACCGAAAGUGAUACCAUCGAUGCCUUGCGUGCUAAAAUCAUGGAAGUGUUGAGACAAGAGCCAUACAUGGGGGAAAGGAUACCAACUAGGUGAGUACUGUUUUGAUGACAGUCAUGUGAAAUGAAGUUUUCGCGCAUCAAAUUCUCGCAAAUUUUGCUUUUUCCCAUCUUUUCGCCCAAACUGAUUCCUUAUCUAAAGUUGAUGGGCAUUGUCUUGACUGGUUUUUCCAAAAAAAGGGAUCUGAUUUUGAUCUGAUUGGCAUGUGUUCAGGUUCUUUUUGGUUUAUGCUAGUCUGUGAUAAUUCCAGCAAGAUAUUAUUAGGUCAUUUUGAAAAAUUCUUCAUAAAGUAUCAAAUCGAUUGUUCUGUAUUUUGUUUGCGUUCGACGUCAGGAGAGCGCAACCUUACCUAAACGCGCGGGAAGCCUGGACACGAGCAUUUUGCACAAAGAAACUCGUUGUUUGGUAGUUUGGGUCACGUGCCGAAUACUGAAAUGCGUCAUAGACCUUAGACUUCCCGUUCCCAGAGCCCAUCGUUUUCUUAAGUGACGUAAUCUUUUAAACGAGUGCUUCGAGGGAAAACGUGUUUAGAAAUACUACAGAGGACAUUAAGAACGCUCAACUUGAAACGACAGCAAUAAACAGCUGGAAAUCUCAUUAUCGUAACUUAGCUGCUUGAAGAAAAAUCUUAUUAAACAUCUUGAUAGGCUCGAUUGCCAGCCUUUUUGUGCACCCUUCUAGUAAGAGGUUUUUUAAAUCUUUAAAUGCAGUGUUCAGCUCAUAGGAGCCAUUAGGAGAAUAAGAUCAGUUAUUGUAUUUUAAUUUCUUGUACUGGUAAGAGCUAUUUUAUUUAAAUUCAUUGUUUGAUACUAUAACGACGUUUAUAUUACACUCGUGUUACGGUUAUCAAAAAAAUGUUUAAAAGCAUUGACGAUACUGUUAGUAUUUCGAUCUUGAUAUAAGAGAAAUUCGCUCUGUUAAACCCAUCUCCCAAGUCACAAAAAAAGUUAAUUUGGUCCAUUCUAUAGGAGUACUUAGUUUAGCAGAUGAAUAGAGAUUAUGCUAAAUUCAGAUUCUACUUCUGUUUUGCGGAAUUCCUCGGGACAGCUAUAGAUGGAUGCCAAUGACCAAUCCUUUUUGGAGAUAUUUGCCCAAAUGUUUGUGGUGGAACUGUUAGGGAAAGAGAGAUGGGAAACACCAAAAUAAAAGUGGCGACUGAUCGAUACGCUGGUGGUGAUUAGAUGCUGCCCAUCAGGGCUUAAAGGAGUUUUAUUGUUGAUAUUCACGCUCUUCAUGAAGCGACGUGGAAUUCAAUUACAAGCUGUACGAAGAAAGGCUGAAAAGAUCAAUUCAUUGCAAGAUGGUCAAACCCUUUUAUAAAAAAAUAUAAUUAAUAUCAUUACAUCAAAUUGCUCAAAAAAAUGAACACCGGAACGAGUAAGGGAAAUGCAAUCCAUGGGCGGUACAUUGACUCCUUAAAAGCCAAAGUUAGAUUUAUUCUAAUAAAUCUACUCGGCCUCCGUAGAAAAGCAUUCGUAGGCUAAAAAGUGAUAUUAUAAAGAGGGACUUUAAGGUUAGCGUACGGAUACAAAGCCGAAGGGAUUAGUUUUUUCUGCGUUUGCAAUAGAACUCAUUUGCUGCAAACGUGUAUGACCUAUGACUGUUUUUAAGAUGUCUUUUGAAUGCGAUAUUGUUCUUUGUUAAACUUUGUAGGUGGGCCCAUUUUGAGAGUGUACUUGAGGAGUUGGUGGCUCAGGGAAUUCAUUAUAAGACUGUGGAACAACUUCAAAUUUCUGCUAGGAAAGAUUGCUUCAUUGACGAUGAUGACGAGUUUCAAACAAUGUUAAAUUUCUAUCAUGACCUCGGCUUGAUUAUAAAACACAGGAGCACGGUUGUUCUGGAGGCUAAAUGGCUGAUUGACCUGUUUAAAGAGCUGAUUACCAUUCCUCGUUUUGAUAAAGCGGUGAGAAAAAAAAAGCAGAAGAAAGAUUUUCAUAAUUUCAAGAUAUAAGAGGUUUUUUCCAGUUGAUACGUUGGCUACACAACUUACGCGACGUACUAAGCAAAACGCAGGAUUCUGCUCCCCUAAAUUCUAAUUGUAAUCUUAAUUGAUAACGUUCACUGUCUUCAUUUGUGACAUCGUUAUGGCAUGGUAGAGAUAUAUGUCUUCGUUUAAGCGAAGUUUGGUAAAUUUAGAGUUACCCGUUUUGCACGCGAACAAAAAUUAAAAGUUACAUUCACAACAUAUUUUUAGUAGGUCGCAUCAUGUAGGUAACGCACGUUAUUUGAAGAAUGCGUUAUAAUAACCUGAAACUGUGAAUCGUGUCGCAUCAAUUAAACCUACGAAACUUAUGAGCAAGCAGUUGGUGUGAUUUAGACACUGAGAUUCACAUAAGAGAUUUACUUAUACUGCAAGAGUCAACCUUAAGAUAUACGUCUUGGUUGCUGCUAAGCCUGGAGAUCCUAACACUACAUAUUUUAUUACUUUUAGAACCCUCUUUUGUCAACCUGUUGGCAGAAAGUUGAAAAGAGUGGCGUUCUCUGCAUGGAACUUGUCAGUCACGUGUUUUCCAAGUUUGUUGAUCAAACCAUUGUCAAGGAAGACAUUUUGGAUAUGAUGGACCAGUUUGGUUUGAUUGCGAAAUUUUCAUCAAGCACCUCUGGUACCACGUACUUUGUACCCGCGCAGCUCAAGACCCCACCCACAGAAAUUUGCAAACUACACCCUACCCCAGCUGAUCCAUGUCCAAUAUAUCUUCAUUUCCGAGGUGGGUUUGUUCCGAAAGGUCUCUUCGUACGCCUUGUUUCUAGUUCUAUUUCCUGGUGCUGUAAGACUUGGCAGGAGACACCACCUCCUACUCUGUACCAAAAUGGUGCUCAUUUCGUCAUUGUCGGCAAGCAGAUCAUCUAUGAUUUUAUUCUUCUUUGCAAGAAAAGUUUUAUCAAGAUUGCGCUGAAGCAAAGAAUUGAAGAUGAAGAGCCAGUUUCAGUGUCUGAAUCAGUUGAAAUACCAAGUCGCGUUCGUGUCUUCAUAGACGACACUUUACAAAAAUUGUCUCACGAGUUGCCAUGUCUUAGCGAGUUGCAGUACGAGUUAUCCGUUGCGUGCCCCUACUGUCUGGCUGAAUGUCCAAACCACCGGGAAGCUGCAUGUACCCAAGAGGAGUGUUUACACUUUUUUGAAUUAAAGGAAGGGCAGCGGCUGAUAUGCACGAAGAGCGUUCGUGAUCAUGUGAGGAGGGUUCUUGGGAUGGAAAAGUGGCUUUCUUUAAGAAGAACCCAGGUAAAAUAAAUAAAAUGUAGUAUGAAAUGACGUGAAGUAACCUUUUGCGAUGUUGACGUUAACAAUACUAACCUGCGAAGCUGGCCACCAAGGUGAGCGACAAGCGUGCUCGAACGAGUGCUCCCCUCCAUUGUCCCUCCCCAACCAAACCCGCUAGCUACUGGUCAGAGCGGGACUUGGAAUCUGAACCUCCGGAUGACAAGUCAUGUGCGUUGACCUCUCAACUAAUCUAACACCGUUUUUGUGGACAAUGAUCUCAACAUUAUAUACCGGGGAGGUGAAUUAGUUGUAUUCCGUUUUACUGUGGUCGGGGGAGGGGGGUUAAACGAAGUUGGUCUCGUAUGGGUAAAAAAAUUACGUUGACGGAAAAAGCCUAUCCUGCCCAUAUCUGGCACUUUUUUAGAACAAGUUUCCUUUACAUUGAAGUGGAAGUAACUUUGCUUUCAUAUCUGAAUAGCCAGAAACGUUUAAGAUAACUUAACUUUUGCCCUGUUUCAUCAAAGUUACCGAUACCAUUUUUAACAGUUUGUAAACUUUUUCAAGUCAGCUUAAUUUAUAUUUAUAUUCUUUUUGCUUUGGUGUUGACAAGAGCUGAAAACUUAAAAGGUAUCCAAAAUUUGCGGUGCUGUAGCUGAAACCGAGUGCAUACGUACUGUUUCGAAGAGAAAGUACCGCACAGAUUUUCUCAAAUUCCAUAAUUAAUUAGUCUUCCUCUAUCGUACGUUUAACGUUCUUUUACCAUUUUUUGUAAACCAUGUAAGUCUCGGUAGAGAAGACUUAAAAGAAAAUGUUACAACACUUCAGCAACCAGGCAAGUGCGUUAUGACCCCUUUAACUCAAUCGGUGGUGAAAUCAGUAUUCACUUUGUCAAACGUAUUGCUCUUUUGGUAGGUGCAGUAUACUCCCCGUUUUCUUGGCACAUGGCAAGAUAGAGGAGGUGAAAGUGACCCAGUGGAAUCUGUUAAAGCACUGAAUGUUACUUUGUUGGCGAGUGAGUGGGGCUCAUCCAUGGGUGGCUUGUCGACAAUAAACAGAAAUCUCGCCAUUCUACUUGCGAAGCACAGCUUAGUCAACGUUACCCUUUUGGUGCCACAAUCUUCUUGCAGCGAGGAGGACAGGAGAGACGCUGCGAAACAGAACAUUGUCAUUCGGGAAGCAGAGAGGCAACCAGGCUACCAUGAUCCUCUUGACUGGUUGAGCGUGCCACCCGAAAACCUUGCUAUCGACAUCGUCCUGGGCCAUGACGUAAAGUUGGGAAAACAAGCCCCAGUAAUUCGGAAGUCCCACGGCUGUAAGUGGGUGCAGGUGGUCCACACUGCACCUGAACAACUGGGAAUGUUCAAGAACUAUCACAACGCGGUUGCCAAAGGUGAAGAGAAGGACAGAGAUGAAGUAGACUUGUGCAGACUAGCAGAUCUUGUUGUGGCAGUAGGACCCAAGUUGAGAGAAGCCUAUUCAUCCCGCCUGCGGGUUUACAAGAAACACCAAUGUAUCUUCCAGCUUACUCCAGGUACUUUCCAUGAAUUUUCAAUGCUAGAGCAAGCUACACUGGAAGAAGGGAAGUUUAAGGUUUUAACCUUUGGCCGCGGUGAUCCUGAAGACUUUGGUCUCAAAGGAUAUGACAUUGCCGCCAAAGCAGUGGUUGAAUUGAAAGAUAGCUCUUACUGCCUGGUGUUUGUGGGCGCUCCCAUUGGGAAACAAGACGAGGUCGCCCAAAACUUGCUCAAGACUGGAAUUGCUGAAGACCAGCUUAUUGUUAGAGCAUUUGUACAGAGCAAAGAAAGGUUAAAAGAGUUGUUUUGUGAGGUUGACCUUGCCAUCAUGCCUUCCAGAACAGAAGGUUUCGGAUUAGCAGCUCUGGAGGCGUUGUCUGCUGGUCUCCCCAUUCUGGUGAGUGGGAAUUCAGGAUUCGCACAUGCACUAUGCGAUUUACCCUCAGGAAAAUCGUUUGUGGUGAAUUCCAACGACGCCAUGGAAUGGGCGAAAGCAAUUGCUGCUGUUCGCCAAAAAGAAAGAGUGCAACGUCUUCAAGAAAUCCAAAUCUUACGUGCUAGCUACGAAGAGAGGUACAACUGGGAGGAGCAGUGUGGAGCCCUUGUUGAGAAGAUGUGGAAUAUGGUCCAGGGUAAGUGCUUUGUUAAUAAAGUACUAUUAUAA